AUCGUCUGCUAGAAGCCUAGACUGUCCAAAUGAAAAUCGAUUGAUCGAAGGUUCGAUAGGAUCUUGUUCCUUUCUAAAAUAAUUUAAAAAGUCCCCAGAAAUGCCGGCGAUGACCCCCCGUUUCACCGUUGGAAUCGGCAGGGCGUUUGGUCGAAAGCCUUGCAAAGAACCGGUUCCAUUUCAAGAAAUUUUACCACUUAAAUUGAAAGAUUCAGUGUCUGGAAAGGGUGAAAAGACAUCAGAUGUUGCUUGCCUUCAAGAUAUGGCUGUGAUGUUAGCUUGCUUCAAGAAACACGAUUUUAAUCAGGCUUUGUGUUCAAAGGAAAUUUCUUCCUUUCAGUCGUGCUAUUCAAAAUUUGAGAAUGAUCGGGAGCAAGCCAAAAAUAUGGAUAACACCUUGGUUGGUGCCAAAUCCAGAUUGCCAUAUAAAACCCUAAACAAAAUCUUGAAGAAAUACCCAUCUUCUUGAACCAUUAAAACUUAAUGUAGAAGACUUUCAGCAUUGUAAUAAAUUCAUUAAAUUGUUA